CACUGGGCGUCCUCCCAUUCACAGGACAGAGCAAACAAGCUGUUUAUUGUUUCAUGCCAGCGUUUGUUAUGCGAGCUCAGCACGAGACCAAAAACACUGCCGCUGACGUCACUGGGAGUCAGCUGUGAGCGGCGUGCUGCUAGCCGGACAUCAUGAAUGAAGAUGAAGCCUGCCGUGCCGCUUCUCCUCCUGGCCCUGCUUGCUGUCACAGGGCUGAGCCAAGCCCAGCUCGGGAACUCUUUCCUGGAUUUCUCCUGGAUCCUUCCCAGUCUGAGUCGGCCGGCGAACCACAGCCGCAUCUUCUACGCGGUUAUGUUUGAUGCAGGGAGCACGGGGACACGCAUUCAUGUCUACACCUUCAUCCAGAGCGACUUAGAGCAGCUCCCCGUGUUGGACAAUGAGAUGUUUCAUUCCAUAAAGCCUGGCUUGUCGGCAUAUGCCGAUGUCCCUGAAACGGCUGGACAAACAGUGAGGAUGCUGUUAAAGGUAGCCAAGAGGACGGUGCCUCGUGUGGAGUGGAAGAGAACUCCUUUGGUCCUCAGAGCCACGGCUGGACUUCGGUUGCUGCCCGCACAGAAAGCUCAGGCUCUUCUGAACCAGGUUCAACACGUGUUUGACGAAUCUCCUUUUUUGGUGUCAGACGACGGCGUCAGCAUAAUGAACGGCAAAAAGGAAGGACUGCUGGCUUGGAUAUCGCUGAACUUUCUAACAGGUCACCUGAAAGCACAAAGCAGGAAGACAGUGGGAAUAUUGGAUCUGGGAGGAGGAUCAACACAAAUCACUUUCCUGCCCAAACUGAGGAAAACCACUGAAAGUGCUCCUGCUGCUGACUACACUGCUAAGUUUGAUGUCUUAAACUCAACAUUUGAAUUGUACACUCAUAGCUAUCUUGGAAAUGGACUGAUGGCGGCACGACUGGCCACACUGGGAGCUCUGGGUGCAGAAGGGUUGGAGUGGCAGGUUUUUAAAAGUUCCUGUCUGCCAAAGAAGUUCAGGGAUGAAUGGAGCUUUGGAGGUCUAACCUAUCAAGUGAGCGGGGACCCAGAUGGUUACACAGGAUACAAGCUUUGUUAUCAGGAAGUACUUAAGGUGGUGAAGGGGAUUAUUCAUCAGCCGUACGAGCUUGAAGACACCAAUGUUUUUUAUGCAUUCUCCUAUUACUUUGACAGAGCUGUGGACGCGGGCCUUAUCGAUGAGGUCCACGGAGGGAUGCUGGAGGUCAGAGACUUCAAGAAGAGAGCCAAAGAGGUGUGCAAUAAGAUGACCAAGUACCCUCCCAUCCACCCUUUCCUGUGUAUGGACAUGACCUACAUCACUUGUCUACUGAAGGAUGGCUUUGGCUUUAAGGAGAACACUGUUUUGCAGCUAACCAAGAAAGUGAAUAAUGUGGAGGCUAGCUGGGCACUGGGUGCUACAUUGGAUCACUUCCACUACCUGAAGAUUCACUGAGAAGUGAGGAGCGUACACUGACAACGAGAAGCUGAUUUUAGGUGGCGCUCACUAACCACACUCAAGUAAUGUGCACUACCUUAUCUAAGAGCAGCAGACAGCUGGUGUUGGUUUUAUAAGGGCAGAACUAACCUCAUGAGUAAUUCUUAAUUUCUUUUAAAAAGCAAUUAUUCUCAAGUGUUAAUAUAUUGAGCUAUGUAUGAGCAAUGCAUUGCCCUACUCGGAGAACAAGUGAAGCUAAAGAGGCUGAAUGAAACAUUUUACCAAUAACACACUCUGUUAAUGCACCUCUGGGGAUUAGUGGAUAUAGAAUUUAUUCGAGAUAGAUGUUUUCUAUUUUACUAAGGCUGAUAAACAGAGUGGCCUGGCUUGUUAAGUCAUGUAAUACCAGCGUUUACAUGCAGCAUUUGAUUAACUGUGCUUGAGUGGUUUUUAAUGUCAAGUGUUUCGUUAUUAGUCAAAAGAAUAAUGGCUAUAAUGGGUGUCUGGUACAUUUAAAUUUAACUUAUCAGCCGUUGAGGUUUUGGGGUGCUUAUUUUUCAUUAACAACCAUCACUGCAUUUCAGACUUGUGUUUACAAUGAUGAAGCACAUAAGCAUUCCUGGUCAUUAUAGUUUCAUAAACUAGCAAAACCCGUCUCAGUAUUUCUUUGGGAGUCUUUGUUCUCAAAAACACGAGGAAAAAAAAAUGUUUGUACAAACUUUGCCAUUUCACGCUUGUCAAAAUAAAACCAUCACUGGUUGCUAAUUACAAAUAUCUACAAGGGUCUACAGGUCUGAAA